AUGACGAUCUGUACUUAUAACGCACUUACGCUUGCAUCGGAAGCGGCCAUCGAAGAUCUGAUGAUGCAAGCCAAGAAGAUCAAGUACGUCAUCGGACUGACCGAUACGAGACGACGUCACCCUCUCAACGCCAUAUAUGAAACUGGAGAAGAACUGUUCUUAGGAACAUGCGACAGUAGAGGUGUUGGUGGAGGUGGCGUCCUCGUCAACACGAGUAUGGCAAAGAACAUCGACUCUUUCGAACUCAUGACCCGAAUCGAACGUCUGCGAAUGAGAAGAUGUGGUCCAACACUAGCUUUGACUAUCUUCGUCGCUUACGCUCCAACAUCAAGCUACAAGAAAGAAGAAGUCGAAGAUUUCUAUAUGGACCUGGAGAAGUUCUACAGAGAAGGCCAUGCCUUCUACAAGGUCAUAAUUGGCGAUUUCAACGCCAAGGUUGGCCCAAGAAGAACGCCGGAGGAACUUCACAUCGGGACCCACGGCCUACAAUGGAAUGACAAGGGGGAAAGGCUCUCCGAGUUCAUCAUGACGACUAAGACCAUCCAUGGGAACUCGCAAUUCCAGAAGCCCUCCUCUCUACGCUGGACGUGGAAGUCACCCGAUGGAGGGUACGGUAAUGAAAUAGACCACAUCAUCGUCAAUAAAAGGUUCUACCUGACGGACGUCGCUGUUGUACCAAAGUUCUAUAUGGGAUCGGACCAUCGCCUCCUCCGAGGAAGAUUUUGCUUUACAAGGAGAGCAGAGAAGCAGAGAAGAGGAGCCAAGUUCGGCGAGAGAAACCCCAGAACUGUCAUCAACUGGGAUCUCUUCGCUACGCUAGCCGACUUUUGGGAAGAUUCCGCAAUCGACAACAUCGACGACGUAGAGCAGCACGAGCCGCAGGGAGAACACGAACUCACGUCCGGGCUCGCAAAGCUUUGCAGAGAGGCGAUAAAGGAAGACCUUAAAGAGAGAAGAGCAGAAGUGCUGGCUGAAGCUGCAGAGGCGGGAAAAAGCAUCCGCUAUGCCCGUCGAGACUUCGCCAGUAGCAAGACGAGAAUGACUGCUCUCCGGAACCUGAAGGGAACAACCAUUGCAUCGAGAAGGGGAGUGGAGAACAUCAUCUACGAGUUCUACUCCGAUCUCUUCGACAACCAUGUCCACUUGCCUCCUCACCAUCUGAGGGAAAACGGACAUGUCAUUCCAGAGGUUCUCCCGUCCGAAAUACGACAUGCUAUCAUGUCGGUAAGAGGUCGUACGGAACCCGGUGAGAAUAAGACCAGAAUAACUGGAGAACCUUUCGCCAGUACUCAUUAA